CCUUAGUUUGAACAAGAAAAAAAAGACGAGGAACUUAACCUAGUUAAUCAAAAUUUUUAAAUUGACGGGUUGUGCCAUGAAAUUCAGAGUAAAAAGCCUAACGAAAUACGGUCCGCGGCUAGGAGAGCUGUACGGUAUCGAAAACAAGCCCGAUCUGGUCUUGGAAACUCCGCUGGCGCUGUUGCACACCCAAGCCGGUCACAUUCCGCAUAUCACCCAUGAAGUGUUUAAACUAGUCAGCCAAACGCCGCAAAUCCUUCAAAUCCCGUUAGUUAGCGUGCAUCAAUAUCAAGACGCGAUCCGGCUUUAUGAGGGCCGAGUAUCCGAAUUCGUGGGAAACAGGGAUAAUUUAACCUGUAUUACCCUUCACGAUCCCGCAAAUUUAACUAAACAAGGUCACCAUGUUAAAGGCAAGGUACCCGUAUUCACAAAACAUGGAAAAGUUUUGUAUAGCGCAGACAUGUACGUGGAUAUGGUCCAGAGAUUUAAACCUGACAUGUGGGUGUUGUUAUCGGACUCCGAUACAAACAAAUCAAGUCCACAAAAACGUGUAACCAAGGCCGUCGAGCAUACUGUAUCGUUUAACGCAAAGUGUGUGAAGAGGAUAAGGAAUUCGGAAAGUUUACGUAAAACAUUCGUGGUUGCUCCUGUAGCGGGCGGCUACUGCAAACAUUCCCGCAGAAAGUGCAUCCAGGAAAUCUCAGUCAAUGAUUCACAUGUUGAUGGUUAUCUAAUAGAUGGUUUACACAAUAAUGGUCCGGAAGUUGAAUUUUUGCCGUUUGACGAAGUUAAGGAGAUAGUGGAUUGCGUUUUGGAAAAAAUCCCAUCUGGAAAAAUAAGAUUGGUGCAGGGUUGUUGGAGUCCCGUUAAUAUCCUUAGACUCGUCAAGAGCGGCGUCGAUAUGUUUGACACAUCAUAUUGCGUGAUUUUGACUGAACGGUCGGCGGCACUGACUUUUUCCACACAACAGGGCGAAAAUUCAGAAUACUGGGAGAUCAUCUUGAGGCAGACGAGCUACUCUGACGACUUUGAUCCCAUAAUGAAAACGUGCCAGUGUUUGACAUGCCGAAACUAUUCGCGCGCCUACGUGCACCACCUACUCACCGUUCAGGAACUGUUAGGACCUAUUCUUAUAAUGGUGCAUAAUGUGUAUCGCAUGUUGAUGUUUUUCGAGAAAAUCCGAGAAUCGAUAAAGACAGACACGUUUCGAGAGUUCGAGCAACACGUGACCCAACAGUACAGGGACCAUUUAAAUCGGGAACAACACAGUAUGGAACCUGACAGCGACCAAUUAAAUACCCACAAAAACGUUGAAACACAUGGUGUCAUUUAAUAAGA